AUGUGGUUUGUUUCAGAAUCCUUGUCCAUCACAUAUAGUCGAAGCAGUGGGCCAGGUGGACAACAUGUCAAUAAAACCUGCAGUAAGGUUGAUGUACGUUUUCAUCUUGCAAAUGCAGAAUGGCUGUCAGACUACAUGAAGAGCAAGCUUCAAGAAAAAAAGCCAAACCACCUCAACAAGGAUGGAUAUUUUGUUGUGAAAUCAGAGAAGACCAAGUCACAGCAGUUGAACGUGGCAGACUGCUUGGACAAACUACGCUCCAUGAUUCGAGAUGCAAUCAAGGAACCUGUAGGACCAAAUCCCUUGACUCUGGAAAGGAGGAGGCGACUCCUUGAACAGCAUGCUCGAGCUCGACUCAGGGAGAAAAGGGCACAUUCACUCAUCAAACAGCUUCGCCAGAGUCCUUCAUGUGCAUGAUAAGGAAAUAAAAGUAGGCAUUGUAAGUGAAAGGAAACAACAUGUUUGCUGGCCAUGUCAACAUAAAACAUGCAUACAUGCAAAAAGAAAGUAAUCACAUGGUGUACAGCUUUCAGUCAUCUUUCAUGGGAGUUGCACAACAAAAAUGAUAUGAAUGGGACAAUGUGACAGAAGUUGAAUAAAUAUACCUAGGGCU